AUGAGUCGUAGCCCGGAGAGGAUCUCAUCCUACCGCCGUCACUUUGAGGACAGCAGCAGCUCGGCCUACCAGGUCAGGGUGUCCAGUCCUUCCCCCACUAGGAGAGAUGAGCGCCAUGCCUCCAGCGGCUACUCAUCCAGAGCGGGCAGCAUGCGUGUGGACUCAGUGGGACGAAGGACCGUCUCUGCUGCACGCAGGUCUACACGCAUGGUCGGAGCACGUGCAGGAGCCCUGGUGUGCGUUGGGCCUAGUGGAGAGCCUGCCAUAGACCUGGAUGUGGCUGCAGCUGAGAACCAGGAAUUCCUCAACACUCGCUCGAGUGAAAGGCAGGAGAUGAUUGUCCUCAAUGACAGACUGGCCGUGUACAUUAACAAGGUUCGCUCACUUGAGCAGCAAAACAAGUUACUGGAAGCAGAGAUCGAGGCCUACCAGAACCGGUUUGAGAAGCCGACAGGUCUGCGCCUGCUAUAUGAAGAACAGCUGAAAGAGCUGAACAAGAUUGCUGAUCAGAUGAGAGUUCAGCGGGACAUUUCCUUGACUGCUAAGGAGUCCACAGCUGCUCAACUAGAGGCAAUGAAAAUCAAAUAUGAGGAAGCAGUGGAGCUGAGGAAGAAAGCUGAGCUAGACAUCGAAGCUUUCCGUCCAGAUGUGGACAAAGCCACCUCCUCUCGCAUCGCCCUGGAGAAGAAGCUGGAGCAGCUGGAAGUUGAAAUUGAAUUCUUAAAACGGAUUCAUCAGCAGGAAAUCGAUGAACUCAUGAAACAGAUCUAUGCAGCUCAUGUCUCAGCUCAGAGUGCGUUCACGCUGCCUGAUCUGGCUGCUGCUUUGAAACAAAUCCAAUCCCAGUACGAUGACAUCGCAGCCAAAAAUCUCCAGGAAAUGGAUUCAUGGUAUAAAAACAAGUUCGAAGAUCUAACCCAAAAGACCUCAAGGCAUGUUGAUAAAGUUCGAGGAUUUAGAGAAGAAAUAGCAGGUGCCAAAAAGGAUAUCCAAGGCAAAGAACGAGAUUUGGAUUCCAUGAGGAGCAAGAAUGAAGCUCUUGAAGCCCAGAUCAGAGAGAUGCAAGAAAAGUACAGGAAGGAACUGGAAGACCUGCAGGCUCGGAUUGAAGCCCUGCAGCUUGAGCUGAAAUCCACCAAGGAGAAAAUUGCGCUGCACCUGCGUGAGUACCAGGACCUUCUGAAUGUCAAGAUGGCUCUGGAGAUUGAGAUCACAACCUACAGGAAAUUGAUUGAAGGAGAGGACCUGCGGCUCUCAGGCAUGAUGCAAACCCUGUCCCUCACCAGCUGUAGCAUGAGCGCCAUUGGUGCUGGGAUGAGCGUCAGUGGAGGCGGCAUGGGCGGUGUGAGUGGUGUGGGUGGUGGACUGACAGGAGGUAGCAGUGGAGGUGUUGGAGGUGCGGGGAGUGGAGUUGGAAUGGUGGCAGGAAGCACAGGAGCAGGUCUGGGUGGAAGAAUGGGUGCUGAAGGUAUCAAUGGCAGAAAGGGUCCAGCGGGUAGGGCAGGUGGGACAGACGCAACUGGUGGUGCUGGAUUAGGAACUGGGGGUGUAGGUGUUGGAGCUAGUGCUGGGGGUGGGGGUACUGGUCCUGGAGGUUUGGGAACUGGUCCUGGAGGUUUGGGAACUGGUCCUGGAGGUUUGGGCACUGGUCCUGGAGGUUUGGGCACUGGUCCUGGAGGUUUGGGUGUUGGAGGUUUGGGCACUGGUCCUGGAGGUUUGGGUGUUGGAGGUUUGGGCACUGGUCCUGGAGGUUUGGGCAGUGGAGCUGAAGCUAAGGGUGACAGCAGUGUUGAGCAGGCUGUGGAGCUGACAGAGCGAAGGACAGUGCUCAUUAGGACAGUGAAAAGUGAGGACGAUGUGCUGGAGAUGGACCACCAGGAACAGACCUACACCAUCACUGGUGCAGCCGAUGACUCUGACAACGAAUGAGCAACAGAAAUUCCCGAGUGACCUCCUCUCGCCCUUAAACCUCCACGCCCCUCUGAGCUUUGCACUGACCAAACCCCAUGUCUGGGCACUGACCUUUGCCCUUUGCCCUGGACAAGAAGACCAUGAAUGACCCUUUGCUAUAGUGAAACCUUCAAAUGAUAGCGUUUAAAUAUGCCUUACCAGGAAUGCUCAACAUGUUCUCUAAACUUUUGUGUGCCUUA